GAGAAAUGUUAGGUUAGGCGAGGUUAAGUUACAAUCGGCGCGUGUGUCGUGCAAUACUGUGUUUGAAUACGGAAAAAGGAAGUCUAUACUAGCCUAUAGUUCUAUAGAUCUGUACGACAAAUAUUUCAUGCGGUAUCUCUGUUUAUUACAAAUUCGAAUAAAUAAAAAAUGAAUGACGAGACAGUGAAGGUCACGAAUGACUCAAAUGAAGAACAGAACGAAUUCUACUUCGAAUCCGAUCACUUGGCACUAAAGGGUAACAAAGAUUACACCGCUUUCCUGAAAACGAUAGUUAUCCUUCAGGCUCAGAGAGUCCAAGCCGUAAAAGAUUUGGACAAUCUUAUGUCCGUGCGUGCCCAAGCACUGAAGGAUCCGAUAUCAUUCGUGGCGCAGUUGCAAAACGGUGAUCUUCCAGAACUACCUGGUCCGCAGAAGAUCCCAGAGAUUCCUUAUAUUGACUGGUCGCAAUACAGCAUUGCAUUGCCAGAUGGACGUAUGAGACCGCAAACUCGACAUGGACAUGUAUUACCUCGGAUACAACCAAAAAUUGAACAGGAAAAUGAUAAGAUCUUAGUCAGAGGUCGUGCCUUCGAUGAAAGUAAACCUGAAACUUUCAAUCAGUUGUGGACAAUGGAAGAGCAAAGGCGACUCGAGGAACUUUUAGUUGAAUAUCCACCAGAGGAAGUAGAAAUGAGACGUUGGACCAAGAUAGCAAAUGCAUUAGGGAAUCGAACGCCUAAGCAAGUAUCCAGCAGAGUUCAAAAAUACUUUAUUAAGCUUUUGAGGGCAGGUUUGCCCAUACCUGGCAGAGGACCUAAGCUAAAAGUGGAUGUCAAGAAAAGUUUAAUUCAUAAGCGUAAUAAUCAGUUCUUAUUUAAACGCUCAACUUUCUUUCCACAUCAAGAUAUUACCUUUAAUACAUCAGAUGAAAGUAAAGAACAGCCUGUAGCAGAGGAAUCUGAGGAUGAUACACUGAAUGGAGGAAGUGACGAUAGUCCUGAGAUAAGACAGCUAAAUUUAUUGCGGCAAGUAAAAGCUGAAAAGGCACAAGACUCUCCUGUGUACAAACAUGUUGGAUACAAAUGUACAGUGUGUGGUGAGGAACCUUUAAAGGGUACCAGAUGGCAUUGUGCAGAAUGUCAUAAUGGAAUUGAUCUAUGUGGUGAUUGUGCAAUAGCACAAUUGGAGGCAGAAAAUCCCUUACACGAUCCAUCCCAUAGAUUAAUUCCCAUAAAACCACCACUAUGUACUAGAAGUUAUGACUUAGAUUAUUUUCCACAAAAUUUUAGUAAUUCUCCCUAUAAUUAUCUCGAUCCAAAUUUUCUGCCUGAAUAAUCCAAAAAAAAUUUUUCCAAAUAAAAUACA